CAGGAUGUUCAGUUCGUGGUUGUUUUAUUUGUGCUUUGUUUUAUAUUGCCAAGGAGAUGUUCUUGGUAAGACGCGAGCACACAAAAGCCACGAUGGCAAGAUAGUGGGUGGGUACAAUACCACCAUCCAGAAUAUUCCUUACCAGGCCUACCUGCUGCUGCAGAAGGGUAACGAGUACUACCAGUGCGGAGGGUCCAUCAUCAGCAGUCAGUACAUACUGACAGCUGCGCAUUGUCUCACAGGCGUCCAAAAAGUGUUCGUCAGGGUUGGCAGCACAGACGCAGAUAGGGGUGGCACUAUGGUCUCCUCUGCGAUUUUUAAACAACACCCAAGAUACAACCCUAGGAGUAGCGACUACGACGUUGGCUUCGUUCGGUUGAGUUCCAAGCUGAAGUUAGACGGUGUAAAUACAAAGGCUGUACAGCUGGCAAAGAUGAGGACGACGAUACAACCUGGCACAGAGGUCCUAGUCUCUGGCUGGGGUACGACCACUGAGAACGGUGACACGAGCUCGACUCUAAUGGCGGUUGAAGUCCCCACUGUUUCCAACGAGGACUGCAAAAAGUCGUACAGCUCACUUACAAUGAGAAUGUUUUGUGCUGGCGUACCAGAAGGGGGCAAAGACUCUUGUCAGGGCGAUUCCGGUGGUCCAGCGGUCAACAACGACCACGUGCAGCUCGGUAUUGUGUCGUUCGGCGCGGGCUGCGCACGCGCAGGUUAUCCCGGGGUCUACACGAACGUGGCUAAGGUGCGGGCCUGGAUUAAACUGAAUACGGGCGUUUAAUAUUCAAUACGCUCUGACUAUAGUUAUAUUAUGUACAUGUUUUAUUGAAAAUUCUAAACUUUGGCUUUAGAAAUUCGUUCUGAUAAACAUAAAAAAUAUAUUAUCAUGAACAUGUUUUUGUUAGAAAUACGUAUCGUUUUAUAACUGAUUGCAAAAAUAAUUUACAAAACGUGUACAUAAGCGACUCAUUGCUCAGUUAUACUUAGUUUUUAAAGCAUUAAAGGCACUGUUUAUAGUA